UAUGAUCGCUGACUUAGCCCAAACACGCCGCAAAACCCGGAUAUUGGAGCGAUGUCAUUUGAUACUAGCUUGUUGCGGACAUGCAUUUAAUAGAGCUUGUUUUCCGAACGUAAAUGAAAACUAGGAAAAUAUUUCUGAAACGCAAGCACCCUUUCUCUGUCUCUCUGCAGACAUUAUGACGCAGCCACGCUUAGUCCUCUUCGUUAUGCUCGCGGUAGCGAGUACACCUUCCGGAGGCAACAAUGAAUGCGUGGUUCGGAACUUCGGCCGUGACUCCGUGGUGUGCGAAUGUAACGCCACUCACUGUGACAGUCCCGGCUCCAUCCAGCUGCCACCACCGGGACAGUAUCUGUCAUUCCUCACCACCCAGACGGGCAAGCGGAUGGAGAGGAGCCAGGGCCAGGUUCAGAACAGCAGCACUGGGGCUGAUCUUAGGCUCAGUGUAGUUUUCGUUCAGAAGUACCAGAGGAUUAAGGGCUUCGGGGGUGCCAUGACAGAUUCAGCGGCCAUGAACAUCCUGACGCUAUCCCCAGGAGCUCAGGACAAGCUUCUGAGGCAGUACUUCUCUGUGGAAGGUAUAGAGUACAGUGUGGUGCGUGUGCCCAUGGCUAGCUGCGACUUCUCCACUCGUCAGUACACCUAUGCUGACACGCCUGGAGAUUACCAGCUGGACAAGUUCACCCUGGCCCCUGAAGACAUACACAUGAAGAUCCCUCUGAUCCAGCGCGCACAGGCCCUCUCCCCAAGGCCCCUGUCCCUGCUGGCCAGUGCCUGGAGCGCCCCCGCCUGGAUGAAGACCAACGGUGCACUCAUUGGCAAGGGCACCCUGAAGGGUCAACCAGGAGGCAAGGAGUACAAGACCUGGGCUAAAUACUAUGUCAGAUUCUUGGACGAGUACAGGAAGUACAACCUGACCUUCUGGGCUAUGACGACAGGGAACGAGCCGACGGCUGGGCAGUUAACCAAUUACAGCUUCCAGGCGCUGGGCUUUACCCCAGAGACGCAACGGGAUUGGGUGUCCAUGGAUUUAGGACCCGCCCUCACCCAAUCCCAGCACAAGCGCACUCAACUGCUUAUUCUUGACGACCAGAGGCUGCUGCUGCCGCACUGGGCGAAAGUGGUGCUGAGUGAUGUCCAUGCUGCCCGCUACAUCCACGGCAUCGCGGUUCACUGGUACAUGGACCACAUCAUCCCGGCCAAGUUGUCCCUGUCCACCACACACCACCUCUACCCAGAAUACUACCUCUUUGGCACCGAGGCGUGUGCGGGCUGGAAGCCCUACGACAGGGGGGUGCGGCUGGGCAGCUGGGACAGGGCUGAGGAUUACGCCCAUGACAUCAUCGAGGACCUUAACCACUACGUGACGGGCUGGACCGACUGGAACCUGGCCCUGGACCUGGGCGGGGGGCCGAACUGGGUGAAGAACUUCGUGGACAGCCCGAUCAUCGUGGACGGGACCCGGGACGUGUUCUACAAGCAGCCGACCUUCUACAGCAUGGCCCACUUCAGUAAAUUUCUGAGGGAGGGGUCCCAGCGUGUGGGCGUGUCCUACAGCGUGGACUCUGAUUUAGAGACCACUGCCUUCACCAGGCCAGAUGGAUCCAGAGUGCUGAUUGUCCUUAACAGGUCUGGUAAGGCCGUGCAGUUUGAGGUGUGGGACUCGACUGUGGGCUACAUUCCCUCCGUCUCUCCGGCACACUCCAUUCUCACACUCAUCUGGGCUGCGCCCUAGCACACGUUUCUACCAUCACACACACACUCGCAUACACACUCACGUACACACACACGCACACACGAACAUGCACACACAUACACACGUGCACGCACACACACACACACACGUGUCAACCAUCAUUCACUCCUGGAACUGACUGAAAGAUGACCACCCAAUGGCUGAACCUCUAAUGAGCAAUACUUGCAGCAUUAAUAAAAUGGCUUGAUUCCAGUGGCCUUGCCACCGAUGCCUUGCACUGAAAUCGAUUUCAGUCUCCCAGCAUGCUCUUUGAUUCACUGUUGAAAUAUUGAUGAGCAGGCUUGUGUGACAUUUCAUUUAAUGUGAUGUAAUAAAGUUAUGUAAAUAAUGUAUAAUUUUCUAAAAGCAUUUGACCUCAUGCAAAUUUCAAUAAAUUAUAUAAUACUAGCAAAA